UACAGUUAUCAAACAUUUAUGACAUACAUUACUGUACCAUAAAGCACCCAUGCUGUUAUCGUGAAAUUAGGUCGGAUGACCCAGGUAGACGCGGAAGUAAAAUACUGUAGGGUGUCAUAAUUCAAUGUAGACGGGGAUAACAAACACGCGUACACCGAGUUACGUUUGAUCUUAUUGAGGAGGGAAAAACCACAGGGAACAAGUGUGUAUUUAGACGCUCACGGAGGGCAAAUUUUUGUGGCGUUUUCUCGGCAGUAGAAGUUGUAGACGGGCACUGCAGGAGUAUUGACGGAUUAGCACGGGGGAUUCACAUCCCGCUCCCCAUCUCAAGCCAUGGACGAUCCAGUCCCGGAAGUUUCCCACAGGUCGGAGGUCACCUUAAUAUCAGUUUUAGAUAUCUUCUAAUUGAUACACGCGUAGUGUAUUAACACAGUGUGCCUGUUUUUAUCUUUUUGACACAACGGUUAUGAUGUGUGCAGCGUCUACCAGCGACUUCCCUCAAGUUGUCUAGAUCGUGUCGGGGAAAGUUUGCCGAAGUCAAAAUUGUAUUUCACACUUUCGUAAGGAUGGAGCGGAGGAGAUACAGGAGUAAGAGAGACGACAUCUAUGAUGAUGGCAGUAAUAUCAGAAAUGUCACAGCGGUCAGUCGUAUGAAAUCCCUGUUUGAGGCCCCGGCAGCUGACACAAAACCCUUCAGACCACCUGCUAAAAAAAUCAUGAGACCGAUGCCAGGGGCUGCGAAUCAUGGACCACCGUCAAUACCGCCAAAGGGAGACAAAGCGGAGGAAGAUGGGAAAACAGCAAAUGGGACGGCAGAAGGUUCCAAAAAACCAACAAACAUAACUUCAGAGCUCCCAUCAUGGAAGAACAGAGUGGACAUGUUUAAUAAACCACAGAUUUCUGGUUUACCUCCAAAGACAGCAAAGACUGGGUUUAGUAAUACAACAAGUCCGGAGGAAAAUAAGGAUGAAAAUUCAAACACUGUGUCAGCCAAUUCUGCAAAAAGGUCAAGUAAAUUGAACAUUCCGACAGCAUUCUCUGGAGCUAGUAGCAUGGCACCACCACCUAUAGCACCCAAAAAACCUGUAGUGUUUCCGAAACCUUCGGACAAAACUGAAAAUAAACCUGGAGACCAAAUGUCACCUGUAAAAGAUAAACCCGUCACACCCCGAAGGGUGAUUACUCCUACACAGGGAUCAACUAAUAUACAGGAAGAACUACAGAGAAAAUUCAGUGGAAAGGGAAACGAUUUUAAAUCUGUUGAUAAUAAGCAAGAUGGUGGACAAAAGGAACCAAUAAAACCUGGAAAGUUAAACAGGGAUAACGUGAUAGCAUUACAGAAGAAACUAUCUGGGCCAGCAACAGAGGAAGUCUCUGACAGUAGUGACAAGAUCCUAAUGAGACCAAAGUCGGGGUCCAAAUUUCCAAACAGGAAGUCGGUAAAGCGGAAAUCUUUAACUAGAACUAAUGAUGGUUCCAAAUUCUACCUCGUUGAAGUUUCUUUAGAUGAUAAUAUGGAAAAGAAAAAAAUUGACGAGGAACCAGAUAUUCCCCCUCCUCUGGAAUAUUCCGAUCUGCAACGCUUACAUGAGAUCAUACAAGAGUACAAGGUUGCACUCGGGGAACUAGAGGGCUACCCUAUAGAUGAUGCUGGCAUCAUAGAAGAAAUGGAGGAUGUAUACGAGGCGAUUCCAGCUGACAUGGAUGAACCACCAAUUCCUCCACCUCACAAAAAGUUUUCCAGGGCAAUCUCCUUUAUUAAGCCAAUGUCGGAGAGGGAAGAAUAUGACAGUGAUGACCAGGACACCUAUGACGACACUAUUAACUACACUCCCAAGGAGCCUCCAUCAAUUCCGCUCCCUCCUCCACCUGAACUGGACCUUCCUGCUCCUCCUGAUGAGCUCUUAAAACCCCCUGUACCAGAAGGACCCAUUCCGUCCCGUAGAAAACCCUCAACCCUAGUACCAGAUAACCAGACUGCCGACACCCCAUCGCCUCUUGUACCUCAGAAAGACGACUGGCCGGACGAUGUAUACGAUGACUGUGGAACUGACGCAACUCAGGAUCAGAAUAUCGCUGAAGCAGAACUGGAACAGGAUGAUGUUUAUGAAGCCAUACCUGGAGAAGAGGGGGAGAACAGCCCUCCUGCGACACCUGAAAAACCGGAAGAGAAAAAGGAGGAGAAGAAGGAUGAAAAACUUACAGCAAAAGAGAAAAAGAAGAGGGAAAAGGAAGAAGCAGUAAGAAAUAUAUUUCUUAGAUUUGACCUUUGACAUAACAAACAUGAA